CUCAUUUCAGUAUAUUUUAUAAAUAUUGUGAUCUCAAUUCAUUGUUUUCUUCAUAUUAUACUCAAAUCAUUCCAUGCCCAUAAACUGCUUGAUAAAACGAUUUACUCUCACUCAACUCAUAUAUAAUGUAUUAAUUUGCUAUGCGAAAAUUCAAAAUAAAGAGAAUUUAAAACAUGUUUGAAUUAAUUUCAACACGUUUACAGUCUACUGGAGACAUAAAGUAAUUUUCUUUUGUGUUCUUAGAAUGCAAAUGGGAUUAGAAUGAAGUCUAAUUAUAAUGAUAUGAAACCUGGAAUUUUUAACUUUUUUUUUUCUUCCUUUCUCUAUCUAUGAAGAUGGGUUUGUGCAGUAUUUAAGGAAUUUUUACAUUUGUUGCUCUUUAUAAAAAUAUGAUGAGAAUUUUGUUUUGAAUUAGCUGUGGUUUGUUCAAAGAGAGCAGAGAAGAGGAUUUGGUUAGAGGACUGAUGCUGUGAUGUUAAGAGUUUUGACAGCUUAUAUGGUCAAAUUAACAUGUUUAAACGUGGAAACAGGUUACAGAAGCAAUCAAGCAACACUCAGUAUAUUCGGUUGACAGUUUUAGGUGUAUUUUUCUUAUUCCUGUGUGUCUCGUUUAUUUUGUUCGGGAGAAAUGAUGAAAGAUCUGGUACCUCACUACCAAUAUUGAAGCAAGAUUCAAACAGUUUGAGUUAUGGUGUUAUGCUAGACCCCACUGUUGAAAUCAAGAAUGGGACAGAUUUGAUAUGGCAAAUACCUGACAUGCCAAAGGCGGUUCUGUUUAUUGCGCAUGGUUGUAAUGGCAAAGCAGCCAACUUUUGGGAUAAAUCGUCGAAGUGCCCAAACUGUGUCGGUCUUCCUGAAGAAAGGCUUGUUGUAGUUAAAGCUCUUGCUAGAAAGUUUGCGGUUCUUGCCAUAUCAAGUGCAGGAAGGUGCUGGUCAUUUGGAGCAGAAAGGCAUAGCGUUAAAGAUAUUAUCAAAUGGUGGGUUGCAAGACAAAAGCUCGAAAACCUGCCUCUUGUAGCUCUGGGCGCUUCCUCGGGUGGAUACUUUGUUUCUCUUCUUGCUACACAAGUACGAUUUAGUAGCAUUACUCUAAUGAUUGCCGAAGGAUUGUUUGAUAAAAUCGAUACUACAAAGGGAUACCCACCGACCCUCUUUGUGCACAUGCCCAAAGAUGGAGCUAGAAAGCUUAGCAUCGAGAAAUUCCUUGUACGUUUGAAGGGGAAUGGUGUUGAUGUUGCAGAGAUCGAGUGCAUGGAAUUUCCACUUUCACCUGAAUUCUUAGCUAACCGUAUUCAAGGUCUUGAUCUGACCACCUCGGUGGAACUGUUUGGGCUGUUUCAGGAGAAGGGGUUUGUGAACAAGAGCGGUUAUAUGACAAAAGAUGGACGAGCAAUACAAUGGAAUGCAGCGUUUAAGGAGAUGAAGUCUCUUCUUCCAGAUAUGUCUUUAGCCAAACACAUUCAAGAAGAAAUGAAUCUCGCCUAUGGAUACCACGAAAUGACAAGCUUGCAGUCGGACCAAAUCUUCGACUGGUUUGAAUCUCACAUGACCAAAUAUGCAAUUUGAUGCCAACAAGAAAUGCUAAAACCACAUUUGUUGGUUUCAAACUUUCAAACAGUGCUCAACUGAUCCUAUUGCUGUUUUUCAUGAGAUUCAAACUGUUUUAGUAUCUGGAAAAUGACACCAUAUUUACUGCAGAGCCUGUAGAAACAUGGUUUGUCAAAAAGUCCAAGCUUUCCUUGUUGGUCAAAGAGUGUAUAGUGCCAUACCCCCAAAUGGUAAACUGCCCCAUCUGCCCCUCUGUGCUGGAUAAGUUAUCUUUUUACAAUUGAAGGAAAUGCAGAAGACAUUGAGAACUGAAUAUAGAUUUCCUAUUAUUACCUUGAUAUAUGGAUUUUCAAUUCCUUUUCUUUUUUUCCUUUUUUUUUUUUCUCAUUUCUCCAUUGUUUUCUGUAAUCAACUCAUGAGCCCUCCAGCCAUGUUAACAUGUAUUUCCUGACUUGCAGUACAAAACAAUUUUGGCUGAGGUUUCUUUAUCACAUGUAUGUAGUAAAUGUUUAU